GAUCCGAAAUCCCCAGAAAUCUCGCCACUCCCGCGCGAUCCCAUUCCCCAACGAAAAUUUCCAAAUCCAAAUCCCGCCCGCCCCCCGUCCCAGAUUUCAAUCCGCCGGGGAUUUCCCGGGUUCGAGGCCGAUCGGAUCUGACGCCCGCGCCAGUAGUUAGCCAGCCGGCCGGCCGAGCCGCCCGGAUCCGGGGCCGGCGAUGGCGGUGAUCACGGCGCGGCCGUCGAAGCGGGCGCGGGUGACGGCGGGGCCGCGGCCGCUGGACAUGCGCGCGUUCCCGGCCGGCGGCGGCGGGGAGGGGCUGCCGCCGCCGCGGGGGGCGUUCCGGGAGUGCGUGCGGGCGUUCCUGGUGCGCUGCGCGGUGCCGGCGGGCGGCGCGUGGAGGGUCGGGUUCCGCGCCGGGGACGGGGACGGGGCGGCCCUGCGGAUGGAGGUGGUGGAGGAGGACGUGGCCAGGGCCGGGGCCGCCCGGGUCUACUGCGAGCACUGCACCGUCGCCGGCUGGAGCAGGCACCCUGUUUGUGGGAGGAGGUACCACUUCAUAAUCCGGAAUGAAUAUGCCAUACUGGACUACAAAACCUGCAAGCACUGUGGGCUUAUGGCCCAGUUGUUUGAAACGAGGUGCCCGUCAUGCAACCAUGGAAUAUCUUAUGAUGAUCCAGAAGAUUGGGAUUAUAGGCAGUUAGAUAAUCCACGCCAUUUGCUGCAUGGCAUUGUUCAUGACAAUGGGUUCGGUCACCUUGUCCGGAUAAAUGGCAAGGAAGGCGGUUCUAGUCUUCUGAUGGGGAUUCAACUGAUGGACUUCUGGGAUCGGCUUUGCAUAUACCUUAGGGUCAGAAAGGUCUCAUUGAUGGAUGUCUCUAAGAAGUAUGGAACGGACUACCGUAUAUUACAUGCCAUCGCCACUGGUCAUUCUUGGUAUGGCCAAUGGGGAUUCAAACUCAGCAAAGGGAGCUUUGGAAUCACAUCAGAAGAAUACGUUAAAGCUAUAGACAACCUUUCCUCAAUUCCAUUAGCGCACUUCUUCCCACAUUCCCGAUCUCCUCGAAACCAGCUACAAGAUACCAUUUCAUUCUACCAAUCCCUUUCAAAUUGCCCUCUAACCACAAUUCUUGAACUUUUCCUCUAUGUGCUGGGGCUUGCCACCAGCAAGAGGGUGCAUAUUCAGUAUGGGUCAAUGCAUAAAAAAGAACAAUCACAUGCCCAUGUUCAAGACACAUGGGGUGAGGAGGAAAUGAAGAGAGCAACAGACAUUGCUCUAAAAGUUCUUCGAGCUGUUGAUAGGACAAGGUGGGUGGCGAUGCGAACCUUAAAGGCAGCCAUAUCCCAUCCAAUUGGUUCGCCUCAGCUCGUCGAUUACUGCCUCAAGACCCUUGCUGCAAGAACGAUUGAUGGAAUGACAGUUGCAGUGAGAUGCAACAGCGAAACAAAAACACUAGAGUACAGGCUUACGGAUGAAACCAACUUGAUGCCCAAUGUAUCCAUGCCGACCCAAGACCAUCUUCGCCGUGACAUAAAGUUCUUGCAUGACGUUCUCCUCUACCCUCAUACAAUGAAUCCUUACCAGCCAGAAAAAGACUAUGAGCAUGCCAAGAGAUCUGCCAUGAUCCUUUUGGACUGCAAGCAAUUCACCAAACAUUAUGAUCUGGAACAGGAUUUCUUGCCAGAAAAUCCAUCCAUACUGCACAUUUGGUGCCAUGUAGAGCUGUCAGACCAGGUUGGUGAUCCGCCUUCCAUACCACCGGAGCUCCUAACACUUCCGCAAACAGCAACUGUUGCUGAUCUGAAGUUGGAGGCAACAAAGACAUUUCGUGACAUCUAUCUGAUGUUACAGACUUUUGUAGCCAACCAACUUCUUGAUUUUGGAACAGCAAGCGAGUCAACUCAAGUCAAGCUCUUAUUUGGAGCAAAUGGUACCGUUGGUAUCCAAGGCAAGUGUGCUGGGGGUGAACGCAGGGUUGGAAUUUACAGGAUGGAGAGAGGCGUGGACAAAUGGACAGUCAAUUGCUCUUGUGGAGCCACGGAUGAUGAUGGUGAGAGGAUGCUAUCUUGUGACUCUUGCCAUGUGUGGCAGCACACUAGGUGUGCUGGUAUUAGUGAUUUUGAUCAGGUGCCAAAGCGAUAUGUAUGUAAAUCAUGUAAAUUUCUCAACAAGCCUAAGAGGCCUAGGCCAGUUUAUAGUAAUGGCCCUAACAAAAGAUGUAAGACUGGCACAGGUGCCUUAAGCCUUGCAGGUGGGGGAUUUUUGAAGCCUCACAUCUUUUGAGUUUUGACAUGUACAUAUCUGUAACAAUUGAGUGAAUAUGAGACAUGUCAAAUUUUCAUU